UGCUAGAGUACCAGUCUAAUUGUGAUCGAAUAAUAUCCGACUGAGUUACUAAACGUCUUUUUCUGACGUUCUUCCAUUUAAAUCCCAGUCCCUUUGAAAGUUUAGUUUAUUUUGUAGAAAUGUCAGAAAGGAAGGUUUUGAACAAAUACUAUCCCCCAGAUUUCGACCCCUCGAACAUUCCGAAGAUGAAAACACAGAAAAACCGACCGUUUAACAUCAGAAUAAUGGCACCAAUGAAUAUGAGGUGUGAUAACUGCGGGGAGUACAUCUAUAAAGGGAAGAAGUUUAACUCGCGUAAGGAAGAUGUGGAGGAUGAGUUUUUCCUGGGACUCCGAAUCUUCAGAUUCUACAUCAAGUGUCCACGAUGUGUGUCAGAAAUCGCAUUUAAGACUGACUUGGAGAACACAGACUACACACUGGAGGCGGGUGCUACGCGACUCUUCGAGGCGGAGAAAUUAGCCAGGCAAAUGGCGGAAAAAGAAAUCAAAGACAAAGAAGAUGAGGAACUAAACAACCCAAUGAAGGUUCUGGAGAACAGAACAAAGGCAAGCAGGAAAGAGAUAGAAGAAAUUGACACGCUGGAAGAAUUACGGGACAUGAAUGCACGUCACGCUAAAGUCAAUCAUGAAGAUAUGCUGAAAUUUCACGCUGAGUAUGAAAAACAACUUAAAAGGCUACAAGAAGAGGAGGAGGAGAAAGAAAUCAGGGCUGUUUUUGGCGAGUUGAACGGUCAGAGCAUUAAGAGACUUCAUGACGAGGACAGUGAGGGGCCACCAGCUAAGAGGGGACCAGUCAAUGCUGCGAAAGCUACCGAUAUAUUAACGCUUGAUGGAGAGGGAACCAGUAAACAGAGCACCAGUAAAACAACUAAACCCGCCGCGUGGGAGAGAAGUAUAGGAUCUGUUGGCAGCAAGGCUUCACUGAUGAAACUGGUUAAAAGUAACAGGAAAAAGGGAAAUAUCAUAACAGCUAACACAUCAGACAGCAGUCUAAAGGGAGAUAACUCUGCUGAAUCAAAGGAAGAAAAAAGGACUGGAGAGAAAUCAGACUGUGGUCAGAGACUGGGAAAAGAAUCAGAACAAGUGAAAGGGACAGGUCAAACGGAACGAGAGAACGAGGCGACAGGUCACAAAGAGGCUAAAAACAAUUCAAAGGAUUCCACUACAACAUCAGGCUCCUCUCAGACAGGAAGUAGCUCAGCACUAGGCAUGCUGGGUAAUUACUCAGACAGUGAUGACAGUGACACCUAGUGACAGGAGAUUGAUGCAGUGAAAACAGACAGAAAGUUCCUCAGCACUAAGCAUGCUGGGUAAUUAGACGGUGACUCCUAGUGAAAGGAUAUUAAUUUAGUGAUUUAUAAAAUCAACA